CGGUCUCCUGACGCAGGCGCGGGCCGCUGCCUUCGCUCUCUCUGGCGGUGUUCGCGAGCGACGCAGCCAUGUCUUAUCCCGCUGAUGAUUAUGAGUCUGAGGCUGCUUAUGAUCCCUAUGCCUACCCAGGCGACUAUGAUAUGCACACAGGAGAUCCAAAGCAGGACCUGGCUUAUGAACGUCAAUAUGAACAGCAGACCUAUCAGGUGAUCCCUGAAGUAAUCAAAAACUUCAUCCAGUAUUUCCACAAAACCGUCUCAGAUUUGAUUGACCAGAAGGUAUAUGAGCUACAGGCCAGUCGUGUCUCCAGCGAUGUCAUUGACCAGAAAGUAUAUGAGAUCCAGGACAUCUAUGAAAACAG